AUGGCUCGAGUGGAGGAGUCCCACUAUCGCCGCUUGUUCCGUGAGUUUUUGCGCCAGAGUUACAUCAAUGGCCUGCAUCCGUUCCUCUACCAUUCACCCGUGCGAUAUGCCAAAGCUCUCUGGCUGGCUCUACUCACCGCCCUUGUGAUCUACACCCACAUAGUGAUCGUCAACCUCACCCAGGAGUACCUCGUCCAGCCCACCGAGAUCCACAUGGCCCCCGACUUGGUCCACGUGGCCAACAGUCCCUUUCCGGCGGUGGGAGUCUGCACGGCCAACAAGAUCAGUCAACGCCUGCUACGCAAUUAUGCCGUUAAACUAUUCCAUCACCAGGGCAACUCCUCCCUGCAGGCGGUGGCCCUAGAUGUGGACGAUAUGGCUGAUCGCCUGCUGGUGCUGGCUCAGUUCUACCUAAACCCCCGCGAGACUUUGGAUCGUUGGAAUGCCUCCGAGCUGGAUCGACUGCACCGGCUGCUCUUCAGUUACUACAACGAUAAUGGCUACUCGGUGCGGGAUAUUCUGAGGCAUUUGUCGCCCGAUUGCGGGGAACUGGUGAUCAGGGGCAUUGUCUUCGGGGCGCCCGUCAACACCAGCCAAAUGUUCCUGCAGCGACCAACCUCCUCGAAUGUGUGCUGCAUAUUUAACUAUCGACGGGCCAGCUAUUCCCGAUUUGCCAACAAGCGUGCAGAGGAUGAUGCCGAAAUGAGAGCUGUUCCUCGUGUUGUUUUUGAAUCAAAUUCCAUUUUAAACAGCGUUCAGUUUGUUCUACAGGAUACUCCAAAGGAAGAUUUCACAAACACCUUUCGCAGCAAUAACGCUUUUCAGCUCACUAUUUUUCCCCAAGAGGACUAUGCCACCAUUCAGUCAACGACUUUGGGAGAAGUGCUCGUGGAUCAUAACACCAUAGUGGAAAUUCCCAUCCAGCCUAUGUUUUUUAGCUCUAGUGAAGAGAUUCGCGGAGUUCCGCUGGAAAAACGACGCUGCUACUAUCCUGAAGAAGGCAGUCGAUUGCUAAAUCAAUCGUACUACUCCCUGGACGAAUGCCUCCUGGUAUGCCGCAUCAAGAGCAUGAUCGAUCACUGUGGCUGCGUCUCUCCGCCCAUGGUGGGCAGUUCCAUUGAUCUCGAAUACUGCAUGCUACCAGAUCUUCCCUGUUUGAUGAGGUGGAAGAGCAUUUGGUAUGGUUACAGUGAUUUCGCCUACCUGGAGAACAAGGAGGAGCUGAUGGCCCAGCGGCAAUGCGAGCACUGCCUGCCCACCUGUAAUGGAGUUAGCCUGAGCAUCACCACCAAUGUGGCUCCCUUGCGACGCACUUUAAAUAGCACUGGGUAUUUCAACGGUUUACUGAAGGGCUUAACCAACGAGCGACCAUUGGCCAUUAUUAAGUUGUUCUUUAAACUGCGUUUUGCCCAAGCCACCAAGUCCCAGUUGGUAAGCACUUGGGUUGUUCUUCUGAAUCGUUUUGGAGGCAUCCUCUCGCUGAUGUACGGCUUCAGCAUAGUCAGUUACAUAGAAAUCCUGUACUAUCUCACGGGAAAAGGGUUUGUCUACAUUUACAGAUCACUUUCAGAUAAAAAGCUAAAGCGACCCAACUAUACGAACUCACUUUACUGGCACGAGCUAAUGGCCAAGGGCCUAAAAUAA